AUAUUUUAUAAAUCUUGGUCUCUGUUCUCAUCAGAUCAAACUCUAAUGCAGCAGAACCAGUCUCUACUGGGUGCACAACCAGGCGUGGUCGGCACGCCUUCCACAGUGUACGGUCAGUCGAUGGUCAGCAACGCUGGCAUGGCUGCAGCAGCCGGAGCUACCACAGCCUACCCCACCCAGCAACAGCAGCAGCAGUCCAUGCAACAGAGACAGAACAUCGCCUUACAGCAGCAGCAAGCAGCAGCACAGAACGCUGCAGCAGCCGCAGCGGCAGCAGGCUCUCAGGGAGGUGCCACCCCUCAGCUAACGGUCAGCUACCCUACGACCAGGGCCACGCAGGGCGGACAGCCUAGACAGAGGGUCUUCACCGGGACGGUCACCAAGCUCCAUGAUACCUUUGGCUUUGUGGACGAAGACGUCUUCUUCCAAACAAAGUCCCCUACAGACAAGAGGAGAAAACGGUCAAGAAGCCCAAGAAGGGGAGGAGGACGAGACAACAAAGGAGGGGACCGCAGGAGAGACAGAGGAGGAGAUCGGGGGCGGGAUGGGGGAAGAUAUAGACCCACGUACGCAAGCAUCCCAGGAGCCAAGAGGAAUAAGGUCAUCCGCUAUGACUGCUGUGUUUUCAUCAGUAACAUUGAGUACAAGGUGACGUGGCAAGAACUCAAAGACAUACUCAAGAGGCAUGUUGGAGAUGUUGGCUAUGUAGAAUUAUUCGCUAACACUGAUGGAACAUCAAAGGGCUGUGCGUUUGUUGAAUUCAAGAGCAAAGAUGACGCCAAGAAAGCCCUCACUGAGAUGGAUCGCUUUGAAGUCCACAACAGAAAACUGGUCGUGAAGGAGGACUCUGAGGGUCGUCAUAGUGAGAAAUACUUCAGGCAGCGUGAGGCCGAGGAUAAGGCAAGGAACGUGCUCACCCCUCAGCUGCUGACCCAACUAAACCUGGACCCCAACAACCUGUGCGACACUGUCUUUGUGGCGAACCUCCCCUACGACGUCUCCUGGAGGAAACUCAAGGAUGUCUUCAAGAUGGCUGGCCCUGUGUCGAGGGUGGAGAUCAUGGAGGAGAAGGGGAAGAGCAGGGGGAUGGCUACGGUCCAGUUUGAGACCAUCCUGGCCGCGGUCAAUGCUAUCUGUAUGUUUGACGGUCAGACCUUGUAUGAUCGCCGCAUGGCUGUGAGGAUGGACAAGGAGAAGGUCAGAACGGGCGGAGGGGGAAAGGAACCAGCCCCUAGACCACCUCCUCUCCCAAGUGGUCUGAGCGGUAUUGGACCCAGCAUCGAGUCCUUGGCCGGAGGAGGAGGUGGAGGAGGAGGAGGAGUAGACUUGGGUAGAGGAGGAGGGGGAGGUGGAGACAUGGGCCGAGGUGGAGACAUGGGUCGAGGAGGAGACAUGGGCCGUGGUGGUGGAGGAGGAGGAGGUGGCAGCAUCGGUCUCUCAGAUCUUGGAGGGUACGGUGGAGGAAGCAGUCUUACCCAAGGACUCGGAGGGCUCGGUAGCCUAGGAGGAGGUCUGAGCAGUCUUGGACUCGGAAGCCUGAGUGGACUUGGAGGUAGGCUCCUCAAGAACUAUAAAGGCUUGUUCAGAUAUGAUGACGUAAAUUGGAGAUCAGCUGGCAGACAAGACGAGGAACACGAAGAUCCCAUGGAGGAGUUGGAGCCAGAUGAGUUGAUGGACGGAGAGUUCCUCCAGGUAGACUCCACGGGUGAUCAGUCUAUGGAUGGUCUCUCACAAGAGAGCAUCGAUGCUGGUGGUUUAGACUUCCAGAUGACAGAUGAGGAUGUAAUGGGGAAGAUUGACCCUGAGUCUGUUAUUGAUUCAGUGGAGUGUGACUUGAUGAUAUCAAUGAUGAUGCUAUCAACAUCACCGCUGACGAUGAUCAACUCCUCACUGAAGAUGAAGCAUGUGACCAGGUAGAAGAAACGAAAGAGCGUCGUCCGGGUACUGGAAGGGUCGGAGGCCGUAACCUCUGGGUGUGUAAUCUCUCCAAGACUACUCGUGCUGCCGAUCUGAAAGCUGCCUUCAGCAAGUAUGGAAA